ACUGAUAUACAAUUGAUCUAUGUAGGGGUUGUUUUUUCAUCGGUACCGACCUGGGAUCAUUUCCUAAUCCUUGCUAAAGGUUCGCACUACUCUCUCUUUAAGCAUGUUGUGCACCAGCGUGGCUCUGUGCUGUAGUGCGGUUCUCCUCUUCCAGGCGUUCAUCACAGCAGAUGGGCAGCAGCAGCUUAACGUUCAGGAACUGAUCGAUGACUUUGUCCGAAAUGCCUCCGGUACGAAUACGGUUCUUUGGUGGGACAUGACGGCGCAGCACGAUGUUCUCAAGAACACCCCACGCUUCCGGAACCGGAAAGUGACUGUCUCAGCGGGUCCCAUCGUCUAUGGCAACACAACCAACGUCUCCGUGAGAGAACCGGAGGUGUACGAGCACUGGGUGCACAACGAUCGCUACAACGAGUCACAUACAAGCUUGGUAAAGAAGGCCAUCACUCACACACACAGUUACACGUGGAAACUGGACAAAACAUUCGCCCUAGAUGAGACAUUUAAACUAUCAGUGGGACUCUCAAAGAAAAUCAGCAUUGAAUCGACAACGAAGGCGUCCUUCAGUGUCUAUAGUGGCUCGGGCGACACGCAGACCGAUGUUACCCAAGUGGAAGUGCACGAGACCGUGACUGUGAAGCCGAGAUCUUCGAUGAGACUCAUAUGGACUGUCAACAACGUCGCCAAGGACCUGCCAUGGACCGUAAACAUAACCCUGCGUGGAUGGGUAGCUGUGUGGUACUACUACAAGGUGGCAGGCCAUCACCUCUGGUUCUACCCUAUUGAUUUCCUCGCUGGCGAAGGACUAUGGCACAUUCCAGGAGGAGGCAUCCAGUUCACGGCCAGUGGAACAUUCACGGGCGUUAAUUCUCAAACGUCUUCAUUGAGGGUGGAAGAGCACGACCUUUAUACGUACUCUUCAAAGCCUUUAAGUGUUACAUACUUGCCGGUGAAGGAGACGCCCAUUGCUGCAGUCACAAAGGAGCGGCCCAAAAGAACACCCAAAGCUGAUUCGUACUCUCGGGCACCUGGAGGAGCAUGGAAAUAAAGCGAACAUUGAAGGA